AUGCUCUCAGCCCGGGGAAUAAAAAAUGUCAAGGAACUGGCGGUUCCCUGGCGGUUCAGUCUAACUCAGACCUAUGAUCCAAAGGAGAAUCCCACUGGGCUCAUUUCACUUGGCAUGGCGGAAAAUAAACCAAUGAGAGCGGAGAUGGCCAAGUAUAUCAACGAAAAGAUUGUCUUCACCCAGGACUCUGUCAGCUACCGCUCAAGUGCACCAACAGCGGCAAGGUUGCCAGCUGCCGUCGCAGCUCAUUUGAACAAUAUCCUCAGUCCAUAUGUCCCAAUUGAUCCCGAGCAGAUCUUUGUCGCAGAUUCUCCAACCUCCCUUGGCAGUAUGCUGGGAUACAGUCUCGCAGAACGCGGGGACGGGAUUCUGGUCAACAGGCCUGUAUAUGGUCGCUUUGAGCUCGACUAUGGCGUUGAAGCUGGUGUUGAAAUGGUCUACGCUGAUACAGCUACCGAGGAAGCGUUUUCUCCUGCUUCUGUAGAGAAGUACGAGCUAGCUUUGGAGAGGGCCAAGCAACGUGGGAUGAAGAUUCGGGCUGUGCUGCUUGUGAACCCGCAUAAUCCUGUUGGCCGUUGUUACCCUGUUGAGACACUCAAAGCGAUUGCUAGGUUCUGUGAUAAACACUGUCUCCAUCUCAUUAGUGAUGAGGUAUAUGCUUCUUGUGUUUUUGAUUCUGGUGACCCCGAUGCUGUGCCAUUUACAUCAAUCCUUUCUCUGGAUUUUACAGGGCUGAUAGAUCCGAGUUUGGUUCAUGUCUUGUACGGGUUUAGCAAGGACUUCGCGUCUGGAGGUCUUCACCUCGGAUUCCUGGUGACUCAAAACCAACAGCUUCGUCAAGCCUGCAAAGCGAUACUGAGACUCCAUGGUGCCUCGCAAGCAGCGGUAACAAUUGGCACUGCGGUUCUAGAAGACCAAGAAUUUGUAUCAAGCUUCACAGCUAAGGCAAGACAAGGCCUUGCUUCAGCGUACCGGAUUACGACUUCCUUUCUCAACAAGGAGGGAAUCAACUAUAUCAAGGGCGGAAAUGCCGGUUUCUUCGUCUACAUUGAUUUAUCACCUUAUCUCCCCGCUGGUGCUGGUAUUUCUCCGCGAGAACGGGAAUUUGCUCUGGCGCAGAGGUUUGUCAAUGCUGGUGUCUUCUUACACCCCGGGGAGGAGCAUUCGAGGGAUGUCGGGUGGUUCCGGUUGGUCUUCUCACAAGAAGAGGAGACGUUGAGGGAAGGGCUUAAGAGGUGA